AUGCCUCGCCCGGGCAAGAGCUCCUACAGCGACCAGAAGCCCCCUUACUCGUACAUCUCCCUGACGGCCAUGGCCAUCCAGCACUCGGCCGAGAAGAUGCUCCCUCUGAGCGACAUCUACAAGUUCAUCAUGGAGCGCUUCCCUUACUACCGCGAGCACACGCAGCGCUGGCAGAACUCGCUGCGCCACAACCUCUCCUUCAACGACUGCUUCAUCAAGAUCCCGCGCCGGCCGGACCAGCCGGGCAAAGGCAGCUUCUGGGCGCUGCACCCGGACUGCGGGGAUAUGUUCGAGAACGGCAGCUUCCUCCGGCGCAGGAAGCGCUUCAAGGUGCCGCGGCCGGAGCCCCACAUGCCGGCGGCGGGCAAGGCAGGGGGCGUCCUGCACCCGCACCUCAGCCACUAUUUCCACCCGCACCACUCGCACCUGCACCAGCCGCCUCCUCUUCCUCCUCCUCCUCCUCCUUCUGUGGGGAGGCUGCCCCAGUUCCAGCCCUACAGCUCCACGCCGGGCUUCAAGCACCCCUUCGCCAUCGAGAACCUCAUCGGGCGAGACUACAAGGGCGUGAUCCAGGGGGCCGGGUUGCCCCUGGCCUCCGUCAUGCACCACCUGGGCUACCCAGUGGCCAGCCAGCAGAUCAGCACCAUGGUCAGCUCCGUGUGGCCCCACGUGGGCGUGAUGGAGUCCGGGGGCGGCGGCGGCUUGCCUCUCUCUCCCGCCGAGUACGGACCCUUCGGCGUGCCCAUGAAGGCACUCUGCCACCCGCCCGCGCAGACGCUGCCGGCCAUCCCGGUGCCCAUCAAGCCCACCCCGGCCAUCUCCUCGGCCACCGCCAUUCCUGCCCUGGCCGUGAGCCAGGUGGCCCAACAGCUCUGCCCAUCCGCUUCGCCCAGCUCCUCCUCUUCCCUUCUCGAACAGACUCCCACAAACUCAUCGGAAGGCAAAAGUUCCUGA